AUGGCUUCGGCUAAGCGACGCCUGGCACUGGGCGUGUGGAGGAUCAUGUGGCACCUGCUGCGGCACAUCUGUGUGGCCCUCCAGCGCACACUCGGCCGGAAGGUGUUCACAGUCGGCAAAGCCGCCGACUGGCCGCAAUCGGCGGCGGACCACGAGUGGAUGCGGCAGGCCUGCCAGACGGGCACGGAGAUGGUCAGGGCCGUGCAAGAGGCAGCCCCCGAGGCCCGCAUCUUCAAGCCGGCUCCAGUAGACCAGAUGUAUCAGGGCGCAGCCGUCAGCUUCACCUACUUCUUUAAAGAUCACAAUCUCCAGCCAGACCUGCUCAAGCGUGCGCUGCAACGCGUGCUGGGCGAGCUGCCGCACCUGGCGGGGCGGGGGCGGGUGCUGGGCAGAGGCAACCGCCUCAUCGACUCGGUAAUCGAGUGCACCAAUGAGGGGGUCGUAGUUGCCACUGCCAGCGCCCGAAACAUCAGGUUCACCAACGGCAAAGAGGCGCCGAUGCAGAUCAGGGCUCUAUCGACUGGACAGGUUGUGGCCGGUCAGGCCCUCAAGGCGGGGAGCAUGCUGCUGCAUUCUCCUGCUGACCUCAUGGAGGCGCUGGCAGACGAUGUCAGCAGCCCCUGGGAGCCCAACCCUGUGUCCACACGGAUGUCUUUGAAGCAAUGGCUGUCUGCACCAUUCCUGAUCUACCGUACUAUCAAGAGCCGCUGGGAUGUGCACAUGAUCUACUUGCCGGGAGAGGUGGUUGCACGGGUGAAGGCUGCUACCAUUGGCGGAUUCCAGAUCAGCACUAACGAUGCUGUCCAGGCCAUGAUAUUCACUCUGUACAAUGACCUUCGCGGCAAGCCACUUGUGCCCACCAGCCCGCAGAUGUUCACCGUCACAGCGGACAUUCUUCACGGACGCAAUCUCAAGGACACCAUGCUGCCUGAUCAGUACUUUGGCAAUGCCGUGGAAGUUGUGUUCCUGGAGGGCGGCGUGAAGGCCAAUGCGACGCUGCCGUAUUUGCCGUAG